AUGUCGUCCAGUUCUGCACCGAAUGGAAACGGACUAUCCCAGUUUGGAACCGUUGAACAGAAUGUAAAAAACGUUCCGUCAACUGCAGCGAAAAGCUUGAAUGGAAUACCCGCCGCUGUCAUCCCUGUUCCUCCUAGCGUUAAAACCCAGGUAAAUGUUGACGUUGCCAAUAAGGAGCCAUCCCGUGUAUCUGGGAAAACCAGUAGCCUAAAUGCCGUUAGUCAACGUAACACCUGUUCCGCGAACGAUGUAAGACGAAAUCCGUUACGCGAAGUUCGUAGAGUUCGGGAUUUUCAAUGUCAGCUGUGUGAAGAGCGUGAUAAUGACGAAAUGGUGCAAUGUGAUAGUUGCGAUAGACCCCCAUCAGUGCAGUCUAAAGGCAAGGCUAGUUCCGCCCGAAGUGAGGCAAGGAGAUUGAAAGAGCUUGAAUUGAAUCGGCUUAAAGAGGAGUUUGAAAUGGCGAAGCGAUUCCUCGAUCGGAAAUAUAAAGUGCUUAGAAGAUGCGGAAGCGAAGUGUCAUCGGUAGCUGAUGUAAACGAAGACAACCAAUCGAAAGUCGCAGAGUGGUUAGCCGAGACCGAACGUCACGGUGAAGACGCAGACUCCGGUCUAGCUGAAAAGGAGUAUAGCCGAUUGCAAAUACCUCACCAGUCGACGUUCUUUCCCUCGAUGAACGCACGUAAUGAAUUUGCUCCGAACCAGCGUUCAACGCCGAUACCAUCGGGCCAACCGAGACAACGAGCUACAACGUUUGCUACUGAAACAGCCCCAAUACCGACAAGUUUGGGCCAAGUGAGAAGUAGAGCUACAGCAAUCGCUCCUGAUGAUACAAUCUGCAUCCUUAACCGAAACCAAAUCGCGGCGCGACAAGCCGUUUCCAAGGAUCUACCUGAGUUUGAUGGAACGCUGGAAGAUUGUCCGCUUUUUUACGCCAUGCUCACGUCAUCAACGCAGAUGUGCGGUUUCACGAAUGAGGAGAAUAUGGUGCGAUUACGUAAAUGCCUCAAGGGUAAAGCACUGGAAGCAGUUAGAUGUGAAUUACUCCAUCCCACAAAUGUGGCUGAUGUCCUGUCAACGCUAAAAAUGCUGUAUGGCAGACCAGAAGCAUUAAUCCAGUCCAUCAUAAGGAAAAUUCGUAGCCUUCCACCACCAAAUAUGGAAAAACUGGAAACAGUGGUAAACUUUUCGCUGUCGGUAAAAAAUAUGGUUGCUACGAUUCGAGCCUAUGAAGUCGACGACUAUAUUUUCAAUGCAUCACUUCGAUACGAGCUGGUGGAGCGUCUGCCACCAUCCUUGAUCCUUUCCCAGUCUAGCGCGUGGCUAUAUACGAUAGCAGAAGACGCCAGUGCGGUGAUGGUUACACCAUGUCACGACCAGCGAACUCGCAUUACUAAAAGAGAUGGGUUUCUCAAUCUGCUUGUUGAGUCAGAAUCAAGCUUCACGGAAGAUGCCAACCCCUAUGCUAAAAUGAAAGCAGAUAAUUCUACCGAUCAGUGCGUAGUAUGCAAAGGAAGCUGCCUGACCGUCGCCAAAUGUAGCAGAUUCGCGGAGCUGAGCUACGAAUCGAAAUGGGCAACAAUAAAGGAGUGUAAAUUGUGCCGAAAAUGUCUUCGUAAGCAUAACGGCUCCUGUAAGCAACAGAAACAGUGUGGGGUGAAUGGAUGCACUUUUCUACACCACCCACUACUUCACAAACACGAAAGUCAGAAUGCUAACCCUUCGUCAUCAAAACAAGUGUUACCUGCAAUAUCGACGGGAUCGGAAACUGCAAGCUGCAACGUACAUCAAGGCCAAUCCGCAGUACUGUUCCGUAUUAUCCCAGUCAUGCUUUACGGGCCAGAGAAAGUAGUGCGAACAUAUGCCUUCAUUGACGAUGGUUCCGAGUUGACGUUGAUGGAGCAAAGCUUGGCAGAUGAACUCGGAAUCAAAGGACCUAAAAAGCAACUAUGCUUGAAGUGGACCGGCAGAACCUGCAAAGUGGAAAACGAGUCUCAACAGUCUCUGAAAAUUCGACCACAGACGUUGAUGCUUACCGAACUACAGGAAAGGUUUCCUUAUCUAUCUGGUCUGCCGCUCGAGGGAUACAACGAAGUCAAUCCACGGCUUCUAAUCGGCCUCAACUAUGCUAAUCUCGGCCAUGGAAGUAAGAGUCGAGAAGGAAAGGGAAACGAGCCAAUUGCGAUGAAAACUCGUCUGGGAUGGACCGUUUACGGUAACUGCACCAAAAUGGAAAUAAACGGUGGAGAACUGCACCACCAUAGCGUUCAGCAUUGCGAGUGCAACUCACAAAAUGACAAUGACUUACAUAGAGCGAUGAAGUCGUAUUUCGCUCUGGAUAGUAUGGGCGUCAUUAAAUCAAACAUACUUAUGUCCAGAGAAGAUCAGCGAGCCCAAUCGUUGCUAGAAUCUCGAACUCGGCAGAUAAAUAAGCGCUACGAAUCCGAACUUCUUUGGAAAUUUGAUCAUGUUCGUCUCCCAGAUAGCAAAACUAUGGCGUUGAGACGAUGGAAAUGCCUUGAAUACCGGAUGCAUAAAGAUCCCCGUUUGGCUGACGCACUACAGAUGAAAAUCCAAGAUCAUGUAAGCAAGGGGUAUGUGAGAAAGCUUACUUCUGAAGAGUUAGCCGUGUCGCGCGAGCGAGUUUGGUACCUACCGAUAUUUGCAGUAGUUAACCCAAAUAAACCAGGCAAGACCCGUCUAGUAUGGGAUGCCGCAGCGACCGCUCAUGGAAUCUCUCUAAAUUCACUGCUGAUGAAGGGUCCCGAUCAAUUGACUUCUCUUCUCUCCGUGCUAAUCCGAUUCCGUGAGUUCAAGGUGGCAGUAUGCGGUGACAUCAGGGAGAUGUUUCACCAGGUGCACAUGCGAACCGAUGAUCAACACUACCAGCGCUUUCUCUGGAAGAGUGCCGAGGAUUCAGAGCCUAGCGUCUACAUCGUUCAAGUUAUGACGUUCGGAGCCUGCUGCUCGCCAAGUAUUGCUCAAUACGUUAAAAAUCGUAAUGCGAAGCUUUUCGAACGAGAUCACCCUGAAGCAUUUGACGCUAUAACUAGGCAACACUACGUCGAUGAUAUGCUCGUGAGCAUGGAAACGGUUGAUGAAGCAGUGGCGCUGGCGCAGCAGGUGAAGAACAUUCAUAUGCAAGCUGGUUUCGAGAUGCGAAACUGGAUCUCCAACUCUAGUAGUGUCCUGGUUCGGUUGAAAGAGGGUACGGCGGAAGAGAAAGACAUGAAUAUCGGCGAGGAAGCAACCACCGAAAAAAUACUUGGAAUGUGGUGGAACACAUCAACUGAUUGCUUCACGUACAAGUUGUCCUCUCGAUACGACGAAGCCGUCCUAACUGGCAGCCGACGACCAUCGAAGCGCGAAGUUCUCCGAAUACUGAUGAUGGUAUAUGACCCCAUAGGGUUCAUUGCGCAUUUGUUGAUGUUCCUGAAGACACUUUUACAGGAAAUAUGGCGAACAGCUGUCGGUUGGGAUGACCCUAUAGAGGACGCGCAGUUCGCAAAGUGGAUGAUAUGGCUAGCAGUGUUUCCGGAGAUGACGAAGAUUAAAAUUCCACGAUGUUACCGGUCAGUGUUGUCUAAGAAAGCCGAGGUCGAGAUGCAUACAUUCGUCGAUGCAAGUGAGAGCGGAUUUGCGGCGGUUGUCUACUUCAGGUUCCGUGAGGGGGACGUGAUCGAAUGCUCCUUCGUAGCAGCGAAAACCAGAGUAGCACCCUUGAAGUUCCUGUCUAUUCCACGUUCGGAACUACAAGCAGCUGUACUGUACUCAAUCAAUGUUCGUAAGCGCUAUUCCUGGUCCGAUUCCAAGGACGUGCUAUGCUGGCUAAAGUCCGAUCACAGACGAUACAGUCCAUUUGUAGCCUUUAGGGUCAGCGAAAUCUUAGAAUCGACAGAUAUCGAUGAAUGGCGACGGAUUCCCGCAAGAAUGAACGUAGCUGAUGAAGGAACAAAGUGGGCGCGGGUCCCCGACCUUUCUGAGAAUUGCCGUUGGUUCUGCGGUCCACAGUUUCUAAGACAAGACACGUGGCCUGGGAAGCCUUCCCUGGAAAGAACGACAGCAGAAGAACUUCGUCCACACUUGCUUGUCCACACAGCCACGGUGGAAUCACCCAUCUCCCCACAAAAUUUCUCUAAAUGGAGUUCCCUUCUGCGUUGUACAGCACAUGUCUUUCGUUUUGUCAACAAUCUGAAACGAGUCCGCAAAGAACGUCUAUCUGGACCUUUGACUCAACGGGAGCUAGCCGAAGCAGAAACUUAUCUCUUCCGUUUAGCGCAGUCUGAAGUAUAUGCUGACGAGAUUGCUACAUUAGCCGUAAACAACGCACAGAAAAGAACACGAAUAAACAUUAUCCGCCACAAUCCGCUUUUCCGAGAUGCUUUCUUGGACGAGAGUGGAAUUGUUCGUGUCCGGGGGCGAACAAGUGCCUAUGAAUUCAUCGAUCGUGACGCAGCUGAACCCGUUAUUCUUCCUCGGAAUCAUCACGUUACACGUUUGAUCAUCAAUGACGUGCAUGAACGGUUCAACCACCAAAACCACUUAACAGUCGUAAACCAAUUACUGCAGCGCUUUCGCAUCCCUUGUCUAAAAGCAACUUACCAAGCCGUGCGCAAAGAUUGCCAAUAUUGUAAGAACUCUCAAGCACAACCGCAACCACCCAUGAUGGCCAAGCUCCCUCAGGCACGACUGACAGCGUUCAGCCUUCCGUUCACCCAUAUGGGGGUGAACUACUUUGGUCCGAUUCAGGUUUCAGUGGGCCGCCGUUCGGAAAAACGAUGGGGAGUUCUCGCUACGUGUAUGACCACUCGCGCCAUCUAUUUGCAAGUCGCUCACACGCUGACCACCGACUCCUGUGUUAUGGCGAUCAGAAACAUUAUGGCUAGAAGAGGCGUUCCGGCUGUCAUCUACAGCGAUCGGGGUACCAACUUCCAAGCGGCCAGUAAGGAGCUGCGGACAGCAAUUAAACAGCUGGAUCACGAUAAGUUCGCGAAAGAGUUUAACUCACCUCACACUCAAUGGGUUUUCAACCCGCCUCUAUCACCACAUAUGGGAGGAGCAUGGGAGCGGUUGAUCCGUACAGUCAAGAAAAAUCUGACCAUAUUACAAUCGAGCAGGUUGCCAACAGACGAGGUCCUGCAGAAUGCACUGGCGGAGGUUGAAAAUAUAGUCAAUUCUCGACCCCUUACCGAAAUCCCGAUCGAAGAUGACUCCUCUCCCGUGUUGACUCCUAAUGAUUUUCUGCUCGGGUCAUCGAACGGCUUAAGAUCUUGGGCACCGCUCGACGAUAGCCCCGUGCUAUUGAAGAAUUUCUACACACAAUCACAACUCAUGGCGGACAGAUUCUGGCGGCAGUGGGUGCGAGAUUAUCUUCCUAGUAUCACUCGUCGUACAAAGUGGUUUACUCCAGCUAAACCGAUAACCGUUAAUGACAUCGUACUAAUCGUCGACCCGAAAAUGCCAAGAAAUUGCUGGCCCAAGGGCAGAGUCAUCGCAGCGCAUCAAGGAAACGAUGGGCAGGUACGUCGCGUGACCGUACAAACUGCUUCCGGGGGCAUAUACGAGCGACCUGCGGUAUCCAUAGCUGUGCUCGACAUAGGCGUUGUUUAG